AUGGAAACACUGGAAAUCCCACCAGAAUUGUGUGACUGUCAGAGGCCAGCUUGCAGUGGUUUGCAUAAGCUUGUGAUCCUUGGAGAGGAGGAAAGAGAAGAUAAGACAUAUGCAGAAAAAGGAAAAAGAAGAAGAAGAAAUGAUGAUGAGUACAAAUGGAAGGGUCCCUUCUACUUCAUCCAAGGAGCAGAUCCUCAGUUUGGACUGAUGAAAGCUUGGGCAACUGGAGACACUGAAAAUGGAGAUGAUGAAUGGGAGGAAGAAAUCAAAUUAGCAGAGCAAGCAGUGCAGGCCGUUAACAAAUUAAACCCAAAACCCAAGUUCUUUGUGCUGUGUGGAGACCUUAUCCAUGGAAUGCCAGGUACUCGAUGGAGAAAGGACCAAGAGCAAGAUUUAAAGAAUGUUCUGAAGAACACUGACCAGGACAUACCAUUGGUAUUCGUGAGUGGAAAUCAUGAUAUUGGCAAUACUCCCACAAGAGAAACAGUAGAUAAUUAUUGCAGGAACUGGGGAGAUGACUACUUCAGCUUUUGGGUUGGAGGUGUUUUCUUUCUCGUGCUGAAUUCUCAGUUAUACUUCGAUUCUUCCAAAUGCCCUGAGUUGAAGCAAGCCCAGGAUACAUGGCUUGAUGAGCAACUGGCUGUUGCUGAAAAACAAAAAUGCAAGCAUAUAAUAGUAUUUCAGCACAUUCCUCUGUUUCUGAGAAAUCCAGAUGAAGACCACGAUUAUUUUAAUUUGGAAAAAUCAGUUCGUCAAGAGAUAAUGGAAAAAUUCCAUAAAGCAGGCAUUAAAGCUGUAUUUUCUGGACAUUAUCAUAGGAAUGCUGGAGGAUCCUACAGAGGACUGGAAAUGGUGGUUUCAUCAGCAAUAGGAUGUCAGCUGGGAGAAGACACACAUGGGCUUCGAGUGGUUGUUGUGACAGAUGAAAAGAUUGUUCAUAGAUACUGCAGUUUGAAUGAGCUGAGCAGCCAAGGCAUAGAGAAAGAGCUGCUAGAUAUGCUGGCUAAGCAAAAUUAG